UAAAAGUUGUCCCCUAGAAAGGAGGUUUAAUGCUCUCAGGACUAGAAACAGAAGUUUUUGAAUUGUGACUCCGUCCCGCUGAGGGACCAGCUCACUCUGCCCCACAGAGAGCUCAACCCCACCACUCUGGUACUAAGCUGAAGACUUUAAGAGGGAUACAACGUCUCAUAGUCUGAGGAAUUUCAGAGGACUUUUUUCUCCCUCAAGACCAGGGAGGUAUUUUUUUUUAUAAAGAAUGGGAGACUAUGAUGAAGACACUGCAUUCCUCGGACAGACUGGUCCUUACUUCUGGACCACAUUCUUCCUCCUAAACACAGUUUUUGUCUCAACUGGAUUCAACGGGCUUUACAUCGUCUUUGUUGGAGCGGCUCCGAAACACCACUGUCUCAUUCCAGACGUCAACUUGACUGAGGAGUGGAGAAAUGCCAUCAUUCCUUUUACGAUAGUGGAUGGUGAAGAGGUGCAGAGCCAGUGCAGCAGAUACAGGCUGGAUGUGGUUAGAAACCUCUCUGCUGAAGGAUUCAUUCCUGGAAGGGAUGUCAACCUCACUAACCUGGAGCAGGAGGGAUGUUUAAAUGGAUGGAACUACAGCAAAGAAAUCUACCAGUCCAACAUUGUCACUGAGUGGGAUCUUGUUUGUGACAACCAGUGGAAAGUUCCCUUCGCAUCAUCAACUCUGUUUGUUGGAUACCUUGUUGGAUCCUUGAUCUCAGGACAGCUCUCUGACAGAUUUGGGAGGAAGAAGGUUGUUUUCAUCUCUCUUGCUGCCCAGUGUGUCUCGGUCCUGCUUCAGUCCUUCUCUCACUCAUGGAGAAUGUUCUGUAUCAUGUUCCUCUUUGUUGGAGCCUCCCAGAUAUCCAUCUAUAUAUCAGCAUUUGUGCUAGGAACAGAGGUGUUGAGCAAGACUAUGCGAGUGCUGUUCACAACUCUUGGGGCCUUUCUUUUCUAUUGCAUUGGGUAUAUGACACUACCCUGGAUUGCAUAUGGCAUCAGAGAAUGGAGGACACUGCUUGCUGUCCUGUCCGCGACUGCUGUGGUGUACAUCCCUCUCUGGUGGUUUAUCCCAGAGUCUCCUCGGUGGCUGAUCACCCAGGGAAGAGUGAAAGAGGCUGAGGUCAUAGUGAGAGACGCUGCAAGGAAAAACAAAGUUGAAGCUCCGCCUGUCAUUUUUAAAAAAUCUGAGCACCAGGCAAUGCCUCCAAAUAAGACAUAUACCAUGCUUGAUGUUCUGAAAUCCAGGAACAUCAGAUGCAUCACACUGAUGUGUCUGCUUUUGUGGAUGGCAAUAAACAUCGGGUAUUUUGGUUUAUCCCUGAACACCUCCAACCUGAGUGGAAAUCCCUUCAUGAACUGUUUUUUAUCAGCGACCACUGAGGUCCCUGCUUAUGUUGUUUCUACUUGGCUGCUAAAGAAAUGUCCAAGAAGAGUACUCCUGUCAUCAUUCCUUGCCAUUGGAGGAGGAGUUCUUCUGCUCAUCCAAUUCAUCCCUGACACCCUCCAGUCUGUUGCUCUGGCUCUGGAAAUGACUGGGAAGUUUGGCUUCACCAUGGCCUUCAGCAUCGUCUACAUCUACACUGCUGAGAUUUACCCCACUGUACUCAGGAACGUAGGCAUGGGAAUGUGUUCUUCUGCUGCACGCAUCGGCAGUAUCACAGCUCCCUAUGUCAUCUAUUUAGGUACCUAUAAUAAGGUUCUGCCUUACAUCCUCAUGGGAAGUCUCACAAUUGCCUCUUCUGUCGUUAACUUCUUCCUUCCAGAGACUCUAAAUAAAGAUCUUCCAGAAACAGUGGAGCAGAUGCAAGAAUGUUUGGGGUUGUGUAGUGGACCCAAAAAGAAGAAAUAUGCAGGAAGGGGGAACUCACCUAUACAACAUGAGGACAAAUCUGAUGUGCAAACACUUACUCCAUAGAGUGAGAGAGAGAGGCGGAGAGAGAGAGAGAAAGAAUGAAUUUGAAAUCUGAAAAUUAAACACGUAUAGUGGGGAGGCAAAAGUCCAUUUCCAAGAACUGUUGUUUUGUUUUGUUAUUUUAUUUUUUUGUUUUUGUCAUUUUUUUAAUAACUAUUUUUUUACUCAGUUGGUGCUUGUAAUUCAAGAAAUAUUUUUUAGAAACGUUGCAAAGAGAAAAAUGAACUUCUUUGAUUUUUUUUGUAUGAACAUUGAAAUGCAUAUAAAUCUGAUUAGUCCCUAAGUUUUCAUCACAAAAUGAAUUUAAUUAAAAAUGGAACAUAUGAACCCUUC